UUGCAACAAUCUUAUUCCAAGCUUGACCACACCAUAUUCUCACAAUCACCAUUUUCGCCAAAACGUCUCAAAACCAGAGAGGGAGAGAAGCCUUCUCCAUAGUCCAACACCAAAUACUGGUCUCUCUUUCUCUCUCUAGAACUUCUCUCUAACCACACAACGGAUCAAGAUCCGAAUACCCAUUUGGCCCAAAGUUGACCUGAACCGGGUCUUUGGAAUACCCAGAUGAGGACUUCGCCAUUAUGAAGAGGUUCAAGAGGAAUCCGGAAGAUCUCUUUAACAAUAAGCUCUCCGGUUUUGAUGCCCAACAAACUGUUCCGAGAGAUUCGGAGAAGAAACUAAGUUUGAGAUUGAUGAGGACAAUGGGGAUCUUCGUCGUUUGCUUGAUGGUGUUUUCAGUUCUGUUUUCUGUUUCUGUCGUUCUCAAGGACCCACCUUCAGAUGCCGUUUUGGAUGCUUCAGGAGAUAGAUUUGUUCAACUUGAACGUAACAAAGCUAUAGGUUCGGGGGAUACUCCAUCUCGGAUUGCUGAGGUUCCAGUUGAUAAACUGCUUAAUGGCCUUCUUGCUGCUGGAUUUGAUGAAGGUUCUUGUCUUAGCAGAUACCAAUCAGCUUCAUAUCGCAAAGAUUCGCCACAAAAACCUUCUUCUUACCUUAUUUCCAGGUUAAGAAGUUAUGAAGCUUUGCACAAGCGAUGUGGACCUUAUACCGAGUCCUACAACAAAACAGUGAAGCAAUUCAAGUCUGGCCACCAAACUGGUACAUUGGAUUGUAACUAUGUUGUGUGGAUUUCCUUCAGUGGAUUAGGGAAUAGGAUACUAACCUUGGGGUCUGCAUUUCUCUAUGCUCUUCUCACGAAUCGGGUUCUGCUUGUUGACCCUGGAGUUGACAUGACUGAUCUUUUCUGCGAACCAUUCCCAGAAGUCUCAUGGUUCCUUCCCACGGAUUUCCCCCUUAAAGAUCAGUUUGCCAGCUUUGGCCAAAAAACUCCUCAUUGUUAUGGAAAGAUGCUUAAGGAUAACAAAUUUGCAAAUUCAGACAAGUCAAGGUUUCCAUCAUAUCUGUAUCUGCAUCUUGUCCAUGAUUAUGAUUUCCAUGAUAAGCUUUUCUUCUGCGACCAAGAUCAAACUCUACUACAAAAGAUACCCUGGUUGAUCAUGAAAACAGAUAACUACUUUGUCCCAUCUCUCUUCCUGAUACCUUCUUUUGAGCAAGAACUGAAUAACCUCUUCCCAAAUAAGGAUCUAGUUUUCCACUUCUUGGGUAGAUAUCUUCUUCAUCCCACAAAUAAGGUUUGGGGACUGAUUACCAGAUACUAUAAAGCUUAUUUGGCCAAUGCAGAUGAAAGAAUAGGCAUUCAGAUCAGAGUCUUUGACGAUGGUACCGGUCCAUUCCAACAUGUGUUGGAUCAGAUCUUAGCAUGUACCAUCAAGGAGAAGCUACUGCCAGAAAUCGACAGGCAAGAAUCCAUCAUCAACAUUUCUAAAAUUCCAAAGUCUAAAGUUGUAUUGAUGACAUCUUUAUCCUCGGGAUACUUUGAGAAGAUCCGAGACAUGUAUUGGGAGCAUCCAACUGUGACGGGGGACGUGAUUGGAAUCUUCCAGCCGAGUCACGAGGAGUAUCAGCAAACUGAGAAGCAGAUGCACAACGAGAAGGCGCUUGCUGAGAUGUACUUGCUGAGCUUGACUGAUGUUUUGGUCACAAGUUCAUGGUCUACGUUUGGCUAUGUGGCUCAGAGCCUUGGCGGGCUGAAGCCGUGGAUACUCUACAAGCCAGAGAAUCGAACGGCACCUGAUCCCCCUUGCCGACGUGCCAUGUCGAUGGAGCCAUGCUUCCAUGCGCCACCCUUCUAUGACUGCAAGGCUAAGCAAGGAAUUGACACCGGAAAAUUAGUUCCUCAUGUGAGGCAUUGUGAGGACAUGAGCUGGGGUCUAAAGUUGGUUGAUCAUUAUGAUGAGAUGUAAUCGAGCAUUUGUUCUUUUGUUGUUGUCAGUUGCCAUGCAUAAUUUUUGCAUUUUUUGGUGUGUACAAAUAGAGUUAGUGAGUACUGUGUCGUUAAAAUGUAUCCUACUUUCUACUCAGAGGCCAAUGAUGGUUACAUAUGAUCAGUUUUUUAGAUGAGAGAACAUAUAUUAUAUUGGCGAUGAGAGAGAACAAUCAAUCUUUUUUUCUAUCCUUA